GCGGCCAGUUGUGGAACUUUGUAGUAUUGGAAAUUAUGUGUAAGACGGCCGUGGCGGGUGGGCACGCGGCUGCUCAAGGGCCCAGGGUCAAAUGACUCACUAAUUUCCUUCUCCGCGAUUAUGCCGGUGCAUCACAAGCUGCUCUCGCCAACACCAUAUCCAGGGCAUUUAAUCCAGCAGAUUAAGGCUCGUCAUGGCUUCCCAAACCGCCAUCUGCUACCGAGCGUAAGCUUAUGCUGUCAACGUCAAGAUGAGGGACCACAACAGCCAAACCCGUCGGUCGUUCCUGGACCUGCCAGCAGAGGUCCGCAACCAAGUCUACGCCCUGGUAGUCCACCGCAAGUACGACGUUGAGAAGCGCUUGGUCCCCGUGCUCUGGCCGGCAGCACCCGAGUCCAACACCCGCCGCGACCGGCUCCGGCGCAAGCGUGAAGACGUACUGCGCAACGGAGCCCCGCGGUGGCGGCACACGAUCCAGACGACGCCGCCCGCCCACCUCGCGAGCACGUGCAGGCAGGUGAACCGUGAGUUCACGUCCAUGCUCUACGCCUCGCAUGUCAUCAUGGUCAGCCCCUUUGCCCAGCUCUGGCACCGUGACGCGCGCUCCCCGGCGCUGACCGCUGGAGACGGCAACUGGGUGGCCAUGUUCCCGCUGGAGUUCCUCGAGAGGACGACGCUCGCGGGGCGGCGGCGGACGACAAUCGACUCGUGCCCGCCGGCGUUGCUGCUAUGCAGCUCGCUGGUGCUCAAGAUCGAUGCCCUGGUCUCGCCGGCCGCGCGGGACCGCUGGGUCGCUGCGCUCGACUUCCUAGCACACAACGCGGCCGCGCUGAGGUGCCUCCGGAUUGUUUUCCAUUACUAUGCCGAGAUUCAGCAGUGCCUCCCGGCGCGCACGUACCAGAACAACCGUCGCGAUUGGAAACGGCGCCGGCCCGUGCUGAUUGAGGAGGCGCGCACAAUGGACGUGUGGAGUAGGUGGCGGAGUGAGAAAGAGCAGCUCAUUAUCAAACACCCAGGAACUUUUGCUGGUUGCGUCGUCCUCGAUGGAGAUGCGGCAUUCGUCAGGGUCCUGGGACGUUUCCGAUCGCUGAACCGGUUCAAGAUUGAGGGAAUCUGCAACAAGGCCUUGCGGCCCCUGCUAGAGGAGUGCAUUGAUCCGGACCUGGUUAUUCGCCAGGAGGGUCAUACUGGGCACGUCCUAGCGAGCCCUUGGUAUGUGGACUAUAUCAGACGGGAGCCUGGAGGACGAUCAAACUAGCAGGCCGGCGUCCUGUUUGCUACUUGGAUUGGUCAUAUGAUAAAGGCAGGCCCAAGUCAGCGUGCAUGUAGGAAGAAAAUAGGUUUUGAAGCAUCCGACGCUCGAUGGAAUGACUUCUUCGUCAAUCUCCAGUGACCAAAAAGGUGAACAUGCUUUCACUCUUACAAACGAGCACAAAUGCUAAAUGUCAUGACU